CUUGGGUGUGAGCAUCAUUUGGUCUCCCCACGCACUCGGUUAUCUGGACGUAUAUGACCCCCGGGCCCCCUUCAAGCCCCCGUCUGCCUCCGUCCACUUCCGGACCGCCUGCUUGGAGUCUGGAACUGGUUAAGUUCAACUUCGCAACUCGGUACUCACCCGCACGCCGGUGCCAUCAUCUCCAUCUUCAGCACACGCCACAACUACACUAACAACACUCCGUGUUUGGGAAAGCGUGUGGCGGCAUCGCCCGACUGCUGGUCUUAAGUGGUGUUCCUUUGCCCUUGUUGACUCGGCAAAACCUCGCACACAGCACAACACCACGCAUAGCAACCAUGUUGUCAGAACAGGGACUCAACAAGAGGAACUGGGAGGGGAAAGAGGACCUUCUCCUCCUGGAGCUGCACGCCGCUUAUGGACCGAACUGGACUCGCAUCGCAGGAGGGAUGGGCUUCAGGUCAGCCAAGCAGUGUCGGGAAAGGUACACUCAGCACCUCAAGCCCGGCCUGAACCGGUCACCCAUCUCGGACGAGGAAGGGCAGCGGAUCAUGAGAAUGGUCAGCGAGAGCGGGCAAAGAUGGGCACAGAUCGCCAGAAGCCUGGGCACCAACCGCAGCGACAACCAGAUCAAGAACUGGUGGAACGGCGCCAGGCGCAAGGAAACAUCCAAGAAACAGGAGACUGGCGAACAAGAGCAACAACAAAUCCAGAACCAUCCGUACGCCCAAGCCCAGCCGCCGUCACCCGGGCCAGCGCGCGGAAACUUCCCCCCCGUCCCGCUCGACCUACCCUUCAGGCAGGACAACGGCCCCGCCUCAUUUGAUGCCCCGCGCUUCCGGUCUUCAUCGGCUCGCUCCUACGACUCGGAGCGGCCUCCCUCGCUUGUAUCAGACAACGGGUCCUCGUGGAGUAUCUCGCAGCCGGCAUCGGCGUCGUCCUCACCCACAACAAUCUCCUUGCCACCGCUCCUCUUCGCUCCGCCCACCCCGCCACCCGGCAGCUGCCUCCCAGCCCCUGCCGUCUACGGCCACGGCUUCGGACCGGUGCGCAGGUCCUCCGACGUCCUGCCACCGAGCAGCUACUCUCCUCAGGCUCGAUACACUACCACGGCACCCACAACCCCUGUUGGCCGGACGACGUCGUCGCGCUGGGAACCGUAUCCGACCAAGGCGCGGAGGCCCAGUACCGGGUAUUACCGGGACAUGGCAAGAGAGAAUGAGAGGCGAGAUAGGGUCUCGUUGUCUUUUCUUCUCAACUGAAAAGAGGACGGGAGCGGCUGCGGCACGGCACGGCAGAACCCUCACCUCCUUACGUUCCGGUUUCCGAAUCAGCGUACACUAAUUGGCAUGGGGCGUUUUGGUGUGCUUGGGAGGAGGACGGUAUUCCAUGACGCAGUAUGGGACAGUGGCGUUUCCGGUUGGGUCGGUCUUCUGUUGCGCUUUGGAUACCCAUUUUUUUUGUUAUUUUUUUUUCCCUCUUUUUUUCGUCGCUUCAAAGUUGGCAUAUGUCUCGCUAUUCCUCGUCAACCAUCGCCAAAGGCUUGAAACAUCUUUUUCCUUUGUCAGUUAUUGGAUUCGUGGCUCGGCGGUGAUUGCUGGAUACAAAAGGGAGAGGUGCGGAAAACAGGGCGACGCAAACGACUCGGAAACACGAUUUGUACAGUAGUAGACGGUCUUUACCAGAGACUUCAAGUUAAUAACAGUGGUUGGAAACCGCGUAUUCAUUGUUGCGAGACUUUGACUCUGAAUCUCCGGAUC